AUGGCCACAGCUGAGACCGCCUUGCCCUCCAUCAGCACCCUGACCACCCUGGGCCCCUUCCCGGAUACACAGGAGGACUUUCUCAAGUGGUGGCGCUCUGAGGAGGUGCAGGACUUGGGUCCGGGACCCCCUGAUCCCACCGGGCUGCCCCUCCACGUGAGGCCAGAGUCGCAGGACGCACCCAGGGAGGACGAAGACCACGAGAGGGACUCGGCCUCCGCCUGGGAUCUGGAUCUCCUUCUCACCAAUUUCUCGUGCCCAGAGCCCGGCGGCGCGCCCCAAACCUGCGCUUUGGCCCCAGGCGAGUGCUCCGGGGUGCAAUUCCCUCCGCCGACGCUGCCACCCGAGACUCCCAGUCCGUACGCGGGCGGCCCAGGGCUUGUGGCUGGGCUCUUGGGUCCCGAGGAGCACCCGGGCUGGGCACGCCCGGCCCCAAGAGCCCCGGCCCCGGAUGCCUUCGUGGGCUCAGCCCUGGGCCCAGCUCCCGAGCCCAAGGCACUCCCGCUGCAGCCGGUGUACCCCGGGCCAGGUGCGGGCUCCGCCAGUAGCUACUUCUCGCGGACCGGGCUUUCAAUGCCCACGGCGCCAGGCGCCCCCUAUGGGCUGCUGUCCGGGUACCCAGCGCUGUACCCGGUGCCGCAGUACCAAGGGCACUUCCAGCUCUUCCGCGGGCUCCCGGCGCCCGCGCCCGGCCCCACAUCACCCCCUUCUUUCUUGAGUUGUCUGGGACCCGGGACGGCGGGUGCGGGACUCCGGGGAACGGCAGGAGACCCCGGAGGGAUCGCGGACGCCGCGCCAUCCAAACGCAGCCGGCGAUCGUGGGCGCGCAAGAGGCAGGCGGCGCACACGUGCACGCACCCGGGCUGUGGGAAGAGCUACACCAAGAGCUCACACCUAAAGGCUCAUCUGCGUACGCACACAGGGGAGAAGCCCUACGCCUGCACGUGGGACGGCUGUGGCUGGAGGUUCGCGCGCUCAGACGAACUGACCCGCCACUACCGGAAGCACACUGGACAGCGCCCUUUCCGCUGCCAGCUCUGCCCGCGCGCUUUUUCACGCUCGGAUCACCUGGCCCUGCACAUGAAGCGUCAUCUUUGAGAUCCACCCCAACAUUUGGACCCUUCCUGGGGGUUGGGGAUGGAACACGAGCAGAUCUACGCAGGGUGGUUUUCCCUCAGAUGGACCCUCUCCUGGAUUUGCGCGGCCCCACAGAUCCACCCAAAGAUCAAGGACUGGCCCAUAGACAGACCUGAGGGAACCUCCAACCCAAGGUCCCACACGUUCUCAGUCGCAGGAGCUACACGGAGACA